CGGAGGAUCCUUGAUGCUCCAAGUCAAAUAAAAUUGAAAAAUUGAUUCGAGUGAGCCCAGUAUCGAACCACCCAAAGUCAAGUUAUGUGGCUUGCGAAUCUGAAAAGGAAAUAAUUAUGGCAUAUGCAUACCUUUUGGAGUACUUUAGUUUCCACACCACAACUUUAUUCUACGACCAAUCAUACAUUAAUACAAAUAUCUUGGAAGGAAGGGGGUAGUGACUAAAAAAGUUUAUCAAAAAUCAAAGUUUAAAGAAAGAAGGUAGAGCGAAUAAGUAAACUUCAAAGUGAAUUUGUUAUGUGAAGAGUGAGAUGGGAGUAGUUGAAGAGGCUCACAAUGUUAAAGUUAUUGGGUCAGGCAAGACGACCAUGGUACUUGGUCAUGGUUUUGGCACUGAUCAAUCUGUUUGGAAACAUCUUGUUCCUUACUUAAUCGACGAUUAUCGUGUUGUUCUUUAUGACAACAUGGGCUCUGGUCCGACUAAUCCAGAUUAUUUCGAUUUUGAACGAUACGCUACUCUUGAAGGUUAUGCCUAUGAUUUACUUGCCAUUUUAGAGGAACUUCAAAUUGAUUCUUGCAUAUAUUUGGGACAUUCUUUGUCAUCCAUGACUGGUGUUGUUGCUUCCAUAUUUCGUCCUGAUCUCUUCUCCAAACUCAUCUUGCUUUCUGCUUCACCAAGGUUCAUAAAUUCAGAUGAAUACUAUGGAGGAUUCGAAAAGGAAGAUAUCGAUCAAUUAUGUCAAGCGAUGGAGUCGAACUACAAGUCAUGGAUCGAUGGUUUCGCGCCGCUAGUAAUUGGCGGCGACAUGGAUUCAGUGGCAGUACAAGAAUUCAGCAGAACUUUAUUCAACAUGAGACCAGAUAUCUCAUUAAGUGUCUUUCGUACUAUUUUUACGUUCGAUUUAAGGCAUUUUCUCUCUCGUGUUACGGUUCCUUGUCACAUUAUCCAGAGUUCCAAGGAUUUGGCCGUACCAGUGGCAGUUUCGGAAUAUAUUCACCGAAAUCUGGGCGGGAAGUCAAUUGUCGAAGUCAUCUCAACCGAAGGUCAUCUCCCGCAGCUGAGCGCACCGGAAGUCACUGUUCCGGUGCUGCUUCGCCAUAUUUCUCAUAAUCAUCAACUUUCCCAGUAGUCUAGUGUUCAUUGUUGCUUGAAUCUUCAUUGAAUUCGAGGUUUUCAAGCUCUAUGCUGUUCGGGAACUCUGCAAGGAUCUUACCUAUUCAACAUAUAUAUUGUUGUGUGGAGCUGAAAAAAAAUAUGUAAUACAAUUUUCUUC